GAAGAUCAGUACUUAAUUUACUCUACCAUACAGCAAAAAAUUGACCACUUUGACAGUGCUUCUUCGGCAAUCUGGUCACAGCGCUAUCAGUACAACUGGAAGUUUUACAAUGCAAGCAGAGGGCUAGUCUUCCUAAUGCUUGGAGGAGAAGGCUCUAUUUCUCCUCCUGGCGAUAAAUGGGUGCGGGAUGAAAGUGUCACCAUGAUGCAAUGGGCCAAAGAAUAUGGGGCUGCCGCUUUUCAGCUUGAGCAUAGAUUUUAUGGUCCCAAGGAAAAUUCACCGACAGGGCUACAGGACGUCGCA